AUGACUGGCGGAAAGUCCGGCGGCAAGGCUAGCGGUAGCAAGAACGCGCAGUCCCGUUCCUCCAAGGCUGGUCUCGCCUUCCCCGUUGGUCGUGUCCACCGUCUUCUCCGCAAGGGCAACUACGCCCAGCGUGUCGGUGCCGGUGCUCCCGUCUACCUCGCAGCCGUCCUCGAGUACCUCGCUGCUGAAAUUCUCGAGCUUGCUGGUAACGCCGCUCGUGACAACAAGAAGACCCGUAUCAUCCCCCGUCACCUCCAGCUUGCCAUCCGCAACGAUGAGGAGUUGAACAAGCUUCUGGGUCACGUCACCAUCGCCCAGGGUGGUGUCCUCCCCAACAUUCACCAGAACCUUCUUCCCAAGAAGACCCCCAAGACUGGAAAGCCCAGCCAGGAGCUGUAA